GAAUGGACGUCUGCCCGAACCCGGAAACCAGGACCUGCAGGCAGUGCGGCUGCCAAAACCCGGAGGAGGUGCACCAGUGCACGCCCAAGUGCCUGCUAUGCGGCGGCGACCACGCGGUGGGUACGAGAGACUGCAAACAACGCCUCAAGUCAGCGAGCGAGCUGCGAUGGGGCACCCAGCAGCAGCUACGGCGCAGCAGAAGCCGAUGCCGAGGAAGAAGACCACGAUGGUUCCGGGACGAGAGCCAGGGCCCGGGCUGGAGCGGAUCGCGGAGCCGCAGCCGCGGCAGGAGCCGAAGCCGAAGCCGAAGCCGAGGGUCCGUCCGGGACGAGUCAUACCCACCCCUGGGCAACACCGACAAGAAGCAGCUGCAGCAGAAACAGCAGCAAAAGAAGAGCGGCGAAGGAGUUAAGGUUCCUUAACAGCUUAUUUUCCUUGUGACGCAUCCCGCGGACCGCCGCACCGAUCAGCCAGUGCUGCAGUGUGCUGGUGGCCAAAGAACGUAACCGGAAGAGGUGACGAGACGAAUGCAUUCUUCGUGGUUAGGAAGAGAAUUGCCAGUGGCAUCCAGUUGUGUGAGGCGCUGACGACAAGAGAUAGAAGCGGACGCCAAAGAUAAGAAGUCCCACUACAAGAUAAGUUCAUCGGUCACUCACGAAAUACCGCGAAAACAAUGUGGUGACGAAUUUAGUCUAUGGACACACGAACAGUACACGGUGCGAUUGGACGAAUAAUAACGUUGGCCGCUGCACAAGGAGAAAGGCCGGAGUAAGGCAAUUCUUGUGUUUUAUAGAGUCCCAAACAGUCAAAUGGCAAUAAUCGCCAAGCGUCUUGUAACAUGGAGCCACCUCAAUAUUGCACCAAACAAAGAUGAUGGAUGCAGCCAGUCUUGCCAGAUAACUACAUUUUGACUAUUCUGUAUUGUUUGCAUUUUUUGUGUAAAAGGAAUUGUCGCAGAGAGUUUUAUCUUCAGUGGCCUUAACUAGCACAUAAGUUAACUCCAUAGCACCACUAGGAUGGAGACAUUGUGUCGCGGGAUGCUUCCUUAAAGUGGACAAGAAGAUUCUAAAGGAAAAGUGUGAGAUGGUCACAGUAAUAACCAAGGCAUUUGGCAUGGGAAUGACUCAGCUAUGAAGGUAUUAUCAGAUGUGGACAAGCAUAUAUUACUAAAUGGUGCCUUGCACGAGUCUCAAGUGUCAAAUGUAAUGAGUAUUGUGCAUUGAAAGGGUCAAGGAUGUAUUGCACAUGCAAGGGAACACUAUGGGCAUUUGAUAGUACUUGCUUAGAUGUACUACAUUAACAGGAACCAAACGAACUCCCUUAGACAUAAGCCUGCAGCAAAUUCAAGGACUAGAUGAAGCUUCAAAGAAGUAACUGCAUUUCAUGUAGGAUAGGUGUGAAUGACCUUUGUGCAUGAGAUCAGUGACAAAAAUACUAAAUGAAUGCAGUACAGUGUCUGUAUCAUAUCUUGUGCAGACCAAACUAGCCUGGAGUUUCAGCGUUCCUUGUCAGUUCAUUUAAAUAGGCACUACAUUGUUCAAAGUGCAAUAUUGUUCUACAAAACAUAAUAUGCAAGAUUUAGCAUGCUAACCCUCGUGGCUCAACAACUACUGAACCGAAACCUCAAUGAGCUGUGAAGCUUCCUUGUAAUUUUCAUCGUAACCAUACUUUUGCUCUUGAAAGUGAACCUAUUUAGUGAAUUUGCUUGUGUAUUAAUUUUCCUUUAGGCAAGUAUUUUUUAUACACGUUAAUGUCUCAA